UGACGCAACUUGUCAAAAUGGCGUUGCUUCGAGUGACGGACUGGAGUUAGCUCCCAUUAAACCGUAGAAUUUAUUCCGUUAUAUGACCAAGAAAGGACGCGUCUGACACGGACACCAUGGCGGCUCUGGACCAGAAAUCACCCAACGUGCUCCUCCAAAGCCUCUGCUGCAGAAUCACGGGGAAAAGCGAAGCUGAAGUUGCCCACCAGUUCCAGUAUGCAGUGCGAGUCAUUGGCAGUAACUACGCCCCCACUAUUGAACGAGAUGAAUUCCUGGUGUCGGAAAAGAUCAAGAAAGAACUGCUGAAGCAGAGGAGAGAAGGAGACGCUGCGCUGUUCUCAGAGCUUCAUCGAAAACUUCAGACUCAGGGGGUUUUGAAACAUCGCUGGUCUGUCCUCUACCUGCUGCUCAGCCUGUGUGAAGACCCCCGCAAACCAUCCAGCAGGGUUGGCAGCUAUGGGGCGCUAUUUGCCCAGGCGCUCCCUAGGGACGCCCACUCCACCCCAUUCUACUGUACCCGGCCCCAGAGCCUGGCACUGGGCUAUGGGGACAGGAGCGGGGGCCUCUCAGCCAGCAUGGGCACCAGCGGCGUCUCCAGCCUGGGAGUGUACUCACUGAACGGACCCACACCAACGCCACAGUCACUACUGGCUGGUCAACCACCUCAGUCGGCAGUGGGUGGCACUCAGCCCCUGGGCUCUCGUCUGGCCUGGGCUCUUCCUGUAAGCUCCUCCCCUUCGUCUGCUCUGGCUCCGCCCACCACACGGCCCCCACUCGGACCACCUGCCCUCUCAAACAGGGUGCUUCGUCCACGCAGAGACGGAGACGCUAAUGCGGAGGUGAGCGAGGCGUCGCUGGUGCGAGACAUCCUCUAUGUCUUCCAGGGCAUCGAUGGCAAGUUCAUCAAGAUGAGCGCCCAGGAUAACUGCUACAAAAUAGACAGCAAGGUGGUGCUGUGCAAGUCCCUGAGGGAUACCAGCAGCCGGUUGGCCGAGCUGGGCUGGCUUCACAACAAAGUCAGGAAGUACACGGAUGCUAGGAGCCUCGACCGGGCCUUUGGACUGGUUGGACAGAGCUUCUGUGCCUCUCUCCACCAGGAGCUGAAGGAGUACUACAGACUCCUCUCUGUCCUCCAUUCUCAGCUGCAGGUGGAGGAUGACCAAGGUGUGAACUUGGGUGUAGAGAGCAGUCUGACCCUCAGGAGGCUGCUGGUCUGGACCUAUGAUCCCAAAAUUCGACUCAAAACACUGGCCGCCCUCGUCGAUUUUUGCCAAGGUCGAAAGGGAGGCGAGCUGGCCUCAGCCGUCCAUGCCUAUGGCAAAACCGGAGACCCGCAGAUGAGAGCGCUUGUCCAACACAUCCUCAGCCUGGUGUCACAUCCCAUCCUCAACUUCCUCUAUAGGUGGAUCUAUGAUGGAGAGCUAGAAGAUACCUACCAUGAGUUCUUCGUAGCAUCGGACCCCAAUGUAAAGACGGACCGUCUGUGGCACGACAAAUACUCCCUCAGGAAGUCCAUGAUCCCCUCAUUUAUCACCAUGGACCAGGCUCGCAAGGUCCUGCUGAUUGGUAAAUCCAUCAACUUCCUGCAUCAGGUUUGCCAUGACAGAACGCCGCCAGGCAAAAUCACACCAGCAUCUAAGUCCACAGACACACCCAAAGAUGCUGCAGAGCUGCUGUCAGACCUGGAGGGGGGAUUUCAGGGGAAGAUCGAUGCCGCCUACUUUGACACCAGUAAGUACCUGCUGGAUGUUCUCAACCGCAACUACCUGCUGCUGGAGCAUCUGCAGGCCAUGAGGAGAUACCUGCUACUGGGCCAGGGCGACUUCAUCAGGCACCUCAUGGACCUGCUCAAACCGGAGUUAGCCCGCCCCGCCACCACUUUGUACCAACACAACCUGACUGGCAUUUUAGAGACGGCAGUCAGAGCCACCAACGCCCAGUACGACAACGCAGAGAUCCUCAAGAGGCUCGAUGUGCGCUUGCUGGAGGUGUCUCCUGGUGAUACAGGCUGGGAUGUCUUCAGUCUGGACUACCAUGUGGAUGGACCUAUUGCUACAGUGUUUACACGCGAGUGUAUGGGCCACUACCUGCGGGUGUUUAACUUCCUGUGGAGGGCGAAAAGGAUGGAGUACACACUUACCGACAUCUGGAAAGGACAGAUGUGCAACGCCAAGCUGCUCAAGACCAUGCCUGAAUUAUCAGGCGUGCUGCAUCAGUGUCACAUCCUGGCCUCGGAGAUGGUCCACUUCAUCCACCAGAUGCAGUACUACAUCACCUUCGAGGUGCUGGAGUGCUCCUGGGAUGAGUUGUGGAACAAAGUGCAGCAGGCUCAGGACCUCGACCAUAUCAUUGCUGCCCACGACGUCUUCCUGGAUACCAUCAUCUCUAGAUGCCUGCUGGACAAUAACAGCAGGUCUCUCCUGAACCAGCUGAGGGCCAUAUUUGAUCAGAUCAUCGAGUUUCAGAGUGCCCAGGACUCCCUGUACCGCUCUGCACUGGAAGAGCUCAGUCUUCGCCUGCAGUUUGAGGAGAAGAAGAAGCAAAGAGAGGAGGAGGGCGAGUGGGGAGUGACAGCCGAACAGGAAGCAGAGGAGAAGAAGAGGAUCCAGGAGUUCCAGGAAACCAUACCAAAGAUGCGCUCCCAACUCCGCAUCCUCACCCACUUCUAUCAGAGCAUUGUACAGCAGUUCCUGGUUUUGCUGACGACCAGUUCAGAUGAGAGUCUGCGUUUCCUCAGCUUCAGACUGGACUUCAAUGAGCACUACAGGUGUGGCUUUGAAAAAAAAAAAUAUUCAGCACAAGUACAGGGCCAGAGAGCCGAGGCUGCGAGCCUCGCUGGGCGCCACCAGGGGGCGACGAUCAUCCAACAUCUGACACCAUUAGAACGAUGACUAGCGGAACUUCCAUCGAUCAGGAGGAUGAGGCACAACAUCACAGUAUGUGGGGGGCAGACGACAGUCCAGAGGCGCUUUGUGUGGAAAUGAUGUCAUGCCUUGGAGGCUAGAGCGAGCUCACCAAGUGAUGACAUCACAACAGAGAGCCGGCGAUGGCCUUGAAAUCCUGUAGGUCAUCAGAGUCUAAACCUUGCUAUGUGAUGGUGUCACAGUAGAGUAAACCGUUCAGACUUUGUUGUGACUUGAAGAUGUAUCUCAGAGAAUACAAACCACAGCAAGAAUGAUAUGAAAUAGUUUUGCGAAGGUUGUCCGAGUCCAGCCGAGUUGAAGGAAUUUUUAAAAGCUGCUGUCUGAUCGUUUUGAACUGAGCUCCCCAUGUCAACCAGUGCUACCUUCCAUGGCAUGCCUUACAUUUUAAUGAAAUAAGAGAAGAAACAAGCCUUUUUUCUCAGUGUGGUUGCCAAAUUACCAGUCCCAACAUACUUAUGAAAGCGCACACAUAUGUAUGUACAUAUAUGUACAAAUGUAUGUAUGUAUAUAUACAGUAUAUAUAUGUUCCUCUACACAUGAAACACACAGGCCUGUAGCUUUGCAUCUCCUCACUAGGGUUCGACCGAUAUGGGUUUUUGAGGGCCAGUAGUUUUUGCUGAAGAUAGCCAGUAUUUUCUGCUGGCAUUUAACAUGUUUAAAUUUGAUAAUUUUCUUGAUUAAAAAUAAAAAAGACAGGUUUUCCAUGUGUUCCCCAGAAUUUUACUCGUCAGAACAGAAAAGCUUCUGAAAUGGCGUUCCUGAACUAUGAAAUUUGAACAAGAAUUCUUUGACUAAUGAAUUUUUUCAGAGUUAACUCAACACACGUUUUUCAAAAAAAAAAAAAAAAAUUGAACUGUUUAUUGGCCAGUAUCAGCAAACCAAUACAUCUGUCUAACCCUAGUUGUUGCUACCCGUCUCCUUAGGAAAUGUCCCCUACACACAUUAAAAUCAAACUCUUAAAAAUUUUAUAUUGUACAAACUUCCACCCCAAGUUACCCUUUUGCUUUGUUUACAUCCGUAUAUAAAUAUCUGAAUUAAGAUGGUUUGUUAAUUUUAUCAACCAGUUUUGUUUUGUGUCUUACCAAUCUACCGAUGUGUCUUCACGUAGGUAGAAAUGAGAGAGUCAUGAACUGUAAUGAGAUGUUGGGCUUCUGGACUGUGCAAACACUCCAGACUCAGGCAUCACGUUGACUGAAUGAUGGCUGAUGUAAAGAAUUUUGUGGAGGGAUUUUUGUAUUAUUUAUGUAUGGUCUUCCUCUGUUUACCUACUCGCUCCACAGAUGACUCUCCCAACAAAAUGUUACACGUCGUGAACUGUGGUCUUCGUGUAAACCAUUGGAGGAGACAUGAUUCUUGAAAUAUUAUAAAUAUUUCUCCAACUGAAAGUCCACCUUUGCAGAGUUGUAGCUAUUGUCCUGGCAAGUUUGUUUGAAGUCGAAAAAGAGGAAAGCAACCGUUUAACUAAGAUAUGAUAAUUGAUUGAUUCAGAAUAGUGUAUGACACUGUAAAGCUUUUGAGUUGUUUGUCUUGCCAGUGUACUUUUUCCUUGUAGUCACACAUGAACAUCUGUCUGUGCUCCCAAAAGUAGAUUACGAUGGUGAAGAUGACAGUAACCUUUGGAUUCUGUACUGAGGUGCAUUGUCCCUUUUUAAAUUUUAAAGGUAAGAUCAAAGGUAUUAUAGUAGUAGAUCAUCAGUGCAUUAAACAGAUUUACCUCGACACUGGCCUGAACAUGUAAGCCCAACCCAAAAAUAUCUAAGCCUAAAUCAAACCUGACUGUAGUUGUUUCUGACUGAGGCCACCUUGAUCAAAGACUCAUAUGAGACUAAUUAUGUUCAGAUCACAAAAAGAGAUGCAAACGCAAGCAUUUUCCAAAAGAAAUUGAACCGAAAUGGCAACAAUUGAGAAAUGUAGCCAACCUGUUUGCCCAUGGUCCAUUCUUGUCAAGGCAUAAAGGUCAAGCUCAGACAAGUCAGUGAUAGUUUGGCUAGGUUGUACUGUGGUUUCGUAUUGCAGCUGCAUCACUGUAACUAAUUCUGCAUUCAUGUCAUAUGAGAGAGAUCUUAGAUUUGAGCUUCCUACUAGCAAAUACUAACCACCUCAGCUGUCAGAUUGUGAAUUCUGCUUGGGAACUUGGCCUGUAUUCUGAAUGUCCCCAACAAGGAAAAGCCUGUCCUUGUAGGGAAUGAUAGAUUCAUUUGAAAUAAAUUAAAAUCCUAGCAACCAAAGUUUACAAAAAACUUCAACUAUAGCAAUUCAGUCUAGAUUUUCUUGCUUCUAACCACAAAGCCAUCCAAUUAUUCCCAUAUGACCUGAACGCAGCAUGAAAAGCAUUGACGAUCAAAGACAACUAGGCCCUCCUGGAUCAGGGGCCAGUUUGAAAUGCUGUCUCGAGAUCAAAGACAAUGCAAUCCUAUGGCUGAUUUAACUCACGCUCUGGUGUCUCUAUCAAACAUCUUUUUUAUUUCCUCAUCAUUUUAGGUGCUUAGUGAAAUUAGAGGAAAAUUUGUCCACAUAAUUUUUCUGUCUGCCAUUUCAGGAAAAGCUAUUCAGUGACAUGAUUGUUUAUUGUUCUGCAGAAUUGCCGUUUGAAGCUAAGCUUCACGUAUGUAGAAUAUUUUCACUUUGCAGUGGGAGUAGAAAACCUCCAACAUUUUUCCCAUGGGAGCCACUGUGUAAACCCAGUGCACAGAAUAACAUAUUGUAACUUGGAUAUACUCAAACUUGUGUCUAGUGGUGUCACAAGUUUGAUUAAGAGACUUCCUUUUUUAAUGAAACAAAUUGGUGCUGCCUGUGGUCACCAGAGCAGGUAACUGGUUUCUGACCACUCAUGAACUCAUGUAGAAGCACGAGUGCUAACAGAAACUGCUCUACCAAAGUGAAACAGCACGUUAAAAACAAAACUGAACUUGGGUCGGCAGUCCUACGCUGGGAUUCUCACUUAAUGCUGUCUCUGUGUCCUCACCAUUGUAUAGCACAUAUGUAUAGAAUAUAUGGAAACAAACCAUCCUGUCAAUUCUUUAAUAAAUUAACCUUUUUUUAAAAUA